CGCGCGGUGACCGUCGAGCCGCCAGGCGGCGCUAAAUGACGCGCUGCACUUGCGUCGCGGCGGCUUGAGAAGAAGGGCGAACAACACCCAGCAGGCUGGCGCAGGAAAAGGGAAGUCCCAGGAAUGCCGAAGAAAUUCCAGGGUGAGAAUUCCAAAUCGGCCACGGCGAGGGCCCGGAAGGCUGAAGCCAAAGCAGUCGCCGAUGCACGCAAACAGAAGGAGCUGGAGGACGCUCUCUGGCAAGAUAACGACAAACAUGUCAUGAAAAAAGAGCAGAGGAAGGAUGAUAAGGAGAGAAAGCGUAUGGAGGCUCUGGAGAGGAAGAGAGAAAACCAAAGGCUCCUCGAGGAAGAAGAUGCCAAGAUAAAGGGUAAACAGACAAAAGAAGCCCCCUGUAAAGUGACUCGAGCCCAGAUCGAGGAGAACCUACAAAGCGGGCAAAAUGUUAAGGAAAUCAAGGAAAAAGAGAAAAGCCACUUGGAGAUGCCACUUGAGGAGAAUGUCAAUCGGGUAGUUCCAGAAGAAGGCACGGUGGAGGCCCGGACCAUUGAGGAUGCCAUCGCAGUGCUCAGCACUAAGGAAGACCUGGAUCGACACCCUGAGCGUCGCAUGAAAGCCGCCUACACUGCGUUUGAAGAAGCAAACAUGGCACGCAUUAAAAUGGAGAACCCCAAUAUGCGACUUUCCCAGCUUAAACAACAGCUCAAGAAGGAGUGGACGAAGUCUCCGGAAAACCCCCUCAACCAACGAGCGGCCGCCUACAACUCCAAGUAAACCAACACGAAGGCACUUAAAGACUGAACCUCGGUGCAGAUCCUAACAAAUACAAAUAGGCACCACGAUUAAAUUUGGACACGCAAAAUUAACAAAUGAACUGCUGAUCUAUUCACACCCCUCACCUCGUACGUGAACUCACAGACAAACUUGGGUUAUUUAACUAAUUCUUCAAUAAAUAUCUGAUAAUGUAUGAACAGCAUACAACCUAAUUCACUUGUCUGCUAGACAAUGGCCUUUCAAGAGCUGCUGGGAAGUUUCUAGGUUUGGUUUUGAGUGAACGCAGAGUGGACUCUCAACUAGCACACGCUUGUGUUUUACUGCUGUGUUGAGUUAAUUUAUUAAUGUCUCCAUCUAAUAUGUAGAACAUUAGCUGAAGUGUGGUUAACCUGAGGCAAGUUUUAAUUUUUUUUUAUUUAGUGCCUGUGUGAUGAUCGUAGGGGUUCAGCUUCUGGUUUGAUAUUUAUGGAAAAGAGAAAGGUGAUCUGAUAAAUGCUCUAAGUUAAGAUUGUAUGGAUCGAGAUUUGUUUGCUUGAUUGAUCUCACAUGGCUCUUUAUUUUGAAAAUGGACUUUGGACCUCUUAUGGAACAGUGUCUCCACAUCCCAAAGCCGAGUGGACUAAUAGCCUUCGGAUUGCCAUACACAUGUGUCCAGCAGCGCCAACACACUCUGGGCUGUGCUUCACAUCUGUGGAAGAGAACAAACGCUCAGUGGCUCUUGGAAAACAAAAUUCAAAUAAAAAGGAAGGAAGAAACUAA